ACAAGUCAUUUCCUUCGUCUGUCACGUGGAAUUAAUGCAGCAGACCGAAGAAGCGAGCACUGCCGUCAACUCAAAACACAAUACGGAGCGUUUUGAAGUUUCUCUGAGGCCGACCGUGUAUUUGAGACUAUUGGCGCGAUCAAAUGGCGGCGACGGGGCAAGUCGCCGGAGGUCUGACAGCGUACGAUCGCGAAGUCUUGACAGCAGUUAACGCCGGAGCGGCGAGCCUCUCGUUCGCCGGGUCGGGGUUCAUCGUCCUCUGCUACGUCCUCUUCAAAGAGCUCCGCAAGUUCUCCUUCAAGCUCGUCUUCUACCUCGCGCUCUCCGAUAUGCUUUGUAGCUUCUUCAGCAUGGUUGGGGAUCCAUCCAGAGGAUUUUUCUGUUACUUGCACGGCUACAGUACUCAUUUCUUCUAUGUAGCAUCUUUCUUAUGGACUACCACGAUCGCUUUUACACUGCACCGCACAGUUGUUAGACACAAAACUGAUGUUGAAGAUAUGGAGGCAAUGUUUCAUUUGUAUGUUUGGGGGACUUCAUUAGUUGUGACAGUUGUGCGCUCUAUUGGGAAUAACCAUAGCCACCUAGGUACAUGGUGUUGGUCACAAUCAGGGCGUGCUGGAAAGGCGCUUCACCUUGUAACAUUUUAUAUGCCACUUUGGGGUGCAAUUCUUUACAAUGGUUUUACAUAUUUUCAAGUGAUAAGCAUGCUGAAGAAUGCGAGACGUAUGGCAGCUGGCAUGUCAGAUCGGACUUACCAAUCAGAUUCUAGAGCAGAAAUGAAGGCUUUGAACCGGUGGGGGUACUAUCCGCUCAUCCUGAUAGGAUCAUGGGCCUUUAGCACAAUCAACCGCAUUCAUGACUUUAUUGAACCAAGUCAUAAAAUAUUUUGGCUCUCUGUUCUUGAUGUUGGGACAGCUUCACUCAUGGGCCUGUUCAACUCCAUAGCCUAUGGCUUGAACUCCUCAGUACGACGGGCAAUAUAUGAAAGAUUGGAUUUGUUCUGGCCAGACAGGCUUAAAAGAUGGUUUCCCAACAGUUCAAAGUUUAGGAACCAACAGCAAGAGAGUGAACUAGUGGCGCUGACAAUUGAAGAUGAGCACUAGCCAGUUGGACAUAUUUUGACUUGCCCAUUUUUUCAACAUUAUCCCAUUAACUUAACCGAGGAUGGAAUGAACGGAAGAGGAACACAACGAAGUACAUCAGUGCAGAGUCGAUUGCGCUCCUCCUCUCCACGGUAAUUCCGAUGUGACUAACAUGUUCAAAUUCUACUUGUUCCAUAUUGAGACUGAUUGAAAUUGUUGUGGUAGAUGGGUUGGUUAGAGAUAGUUUGGUGUAGAAGUUGUGAUUAUGCAAAGGUGGAUUUGUCAAGUUUGUACAUUUUACGUGUAGAGAGAAGUCCUGAUUUGAUCGCUUAUUAGGAAUGUCAUGAUGUUGUUCCCAAA